AUGCCGAAAAAAGGCCGUUCGAAAAAUAAAAGUCAUAGUGGCGUGGAUAAGAAAGGAAAAAUAUUAAAAACCAAACGAAAAACUAUAGAUUUCGAUCAAGUUCAAGCAAAUAUGGCUGCUGAAACAGCUCGUGAAUUGUUAAAUCAACCGAUUGACUAUGAUGUACCGGGUGCAGGUCAACAUUAUUGUCUUUACUGCGCACGAUAUUUUAUCGAUGACCACAAUUUACAGCAUCAUAUCAAAAGUAAAGUUCACAAACGACGAGUAAAACAUUUACAAACUGAAGCAUACACACCGGAAGAAGCUGACAGAGCUGCUGGAAAAGGACAAUACCGGGCACCACGACCAGUUCAUGUUCCAAAGGAUCAAAAUACUCUUUACAAGAUGGAAACUGAUACCGUUGAAAAUGUUGUUUCAGUUGAAAAUAAAUAA